GAUACUGUACAUCGCAAUUGAAGUUAUAUUUAUGUUCUAUACUUUAUACACGAGCUGUUUCCUAGUAAGCACCGCUUCUUAUUUUAUUUCAUUUUUUUAAACUUAGUCUACUAUCAUCAUAUUUUUUCUCACCCAUUAAAUCUCAAUUAUUUUGCGAAAAUCGGCGUUCCUUUUGAUUGCAGGAAUCCAUCGUUAAAAUCCUUUGCCGGAAGUUCCCCUCAUAAUAACGCCCAGUAAAAAGGCGACCGUUUCGUUAGUCGUCACACCUUUUGGCACGAAACGGGUGAUUCCCAUACUCAUUAGAAGCUUAAAUAUCGAUGACCCUGUUAUAAGUAGACCCUGACGUAAACAUCACACUGCACACAAUUCAUUGUACGCUGCAGAAGUUCUUUUGUUUGUUUCCUUUUUUUUCUUUUCUGCAUGCUGCACAGUUCAGUGACUCAACGCAGUGAUGAUCGAAUUUUUCCUUUCACGAUUACACAAUCCACAACGUACAUGUGGUAUUUGCCUAACAGCUAUUUUGAGCUAAAUUACAACGGCAAAACGAGCUCUGAACUCAAACGAUACGGACACUAUAUAACAGAGGACAAAGUUCUGUUUUUUUAUCAUCACCUAUAUAUGCGUGUAUUACAGAGAGGACUGAAUGUGAGAGCAUAACUUUGCUUGUUAGAGAUCCACCAAUAUUUGAGUGUAUUAACGAACUGUAAAGCUUAUAAAGCAAGGGAGAUACAUCAUGGCGUCAAGGGGUAAAGAUGAUUCCAGUGUAGGAGAAAAUACUCAGAUUAUCAUUGGAGGUUCUGAAUCUGAUGGAGGUAGUCUCGGAUUCUGUGGAAUCCUUUUAAUGAUUCUUUCGGUGAUCUUGGUGAUCUGCACGCUACCAUUCUCACUCUUUAUCUGCAUUAAGGUGGUUCAGGAGUAUGAGAGAGCAGUUAUCUUUAGACUUGGGCGUCUCCUGUCUGGCGGUGCUAAAGGACCAGGUCUCUUCUUCAUCCUACCUUGUAUUGAGGAUUACAGAAAGGUAGACCUUCGUACCAUUUCUUUUGAUAUUCCUCCUCAAGAGAUUCUGACCAGGGAUAGUUUGACCAUCUCUGUAGAUGCUGUGGUCUUCUACCGUGUCAAGAAUGCCACAAUCAGCAUCGCCAAUGUGGAAAACGCAGACAAGUCAACCAGACUUCUGGCUCAGACAACACUUCGCAAUGUCCUGGGCACCAAGAACCUGGCCGAGAUCCUUGCUGAACGUGAAGGCAUCAGUCACUACAUGCAGUCCACCCUCGACCAUGACACCGACCCUUGGGGUAUCUUAGUAGAGCGAGUUGAGAUCAAAGAUGUUCGUUUACCUGUCCAGCUCCAGAGAGCCAUGGCUGCUGAAGCUGAAGCUUCCAGAGAGGCUAGGGCUAAGGUGAUUGCUGCUGAAGGAGAACAGAAUGCUGCUCGUGCUUUGAAGGAAGCUGCAGAUACUAUGGCUGAAUCUCCAUCGGCUCUUCAACUGAGGUACCUGCAGACCCUCAACACCAUCUCAGCAGAGAAGAACUCUACUAUCAUCUUUCCACUUCCUAUUGAUCUCCUGAAUGGCAUCAUGACUAAAUGAAAAAAAAGUCAUUCAUUACACAAAAUCAUGUUAUUUUCAUAUCUUAUUUAGUUAUAUUGAUAUUUCAGUGUCAUUGUUGAGAGCAUUAUGUUACCCCCUUUUCAAUUCCAGGAUAAUUAUCCCAACUAAACAGAAUAUGCAGUGGUGAAUAUAACGCGUCCAUGAUAUAACUAAAAGAAUAAAGUUUAUCAUACUUAUGUUACAUUUCAUACGUUUAUUUGAGGUUUAUCUUUUUUUUCAGAUACUAAUGAUGUGUAGUUUAAUGGAUUAUAUCUGAGGGCUUUGGUACCCUUUGGAAUAUAAAUUGCAUAGAGCUAGCUGUGUUUAAAAAAAGAUGUUUUGGAUGAAAAGAUAAACUCUUAAUAACAUUGUUAUAGGCUUCAUAAUAGGGGAAAACUAUUUCGAGUGAUCAAAUUGAUUUCCUCAAUAAGCUAUAAACGUCGUUAUAGGCCUAGCUGUAAAUUAGAGACAUCAUUCAAAUAUAAACAAGAAAUACUAUUGUUAUUUUUGUCAUUAUUUACAUAAAAAUUGUCCCCUCACAUUACGGUUUCAUACGGAGUCACCAUUGCAUUGUUACUCAAAUUUGUAUUUCCAGUUUAUCCAAAUUACAAUUUAGUAUCCGUUUGAAUUUUUUGUAAUAAAAAAUACACGCAGAGAAAUAGAAGUCUUCACUAGAGAAGGUUCAUGAAAUUAUUUUAUUUUUCUUUACUAUUUACAUCUUGAUGUUACAAAAUGUAGGUCGGAAAUUUGGAGAGACCAUUAUUGAAAGUUUUUCAACUGUUACGACUGUCCGAUUGUGUUAUGUCGCCACUAUCGAUUGCACAAAAUAUACCUUUUGGGUUAUUUGUAAUUAUGUCGAAUGUCACUGUUGUUUUCAUAGCUAUGUUCUAGAAAAAUGUCUCAAUAGUUUGGUUAUGUAACCAUGGAUCCCACAAGUAGAAUUCAUGGUGUAAUACAUGAUCUUCACCAUUUUUGUGUGUAGUAAGAUGGCUGGCGUGUAAGGCAGAAUAAGGAAGUCCUGUUUCCUCUGCGUCCGAAGACCAGACUACAGUCUGUGCUAUGUUACGUAAUAAUUAUUAUCACGUCGUUAAGAUUUUCAAAGGGUUAUUUACAAAGCAAGGAAUAGAAGCCUGAAAUGGAGCAAUUUCUUCAAGUUUGCAAAAUGAGGGCACCAAUUAAGAAGUUUAAGAAUGUUUCAAAAAUUAUCAAUAUGCCUACGUAUGGCCUGAGUUAUUUUAUUCCCUCAAAACUUCUUUGAGAGAUUCACGAAUAUUACUUUGAGUGUAUUUACAUAUCUAAAAUAGAAAAAAAAACUAUUCACCUGGAUUUACUUUUAUGAAACGAUGGACAGACGAGCUGAAGAAGCCUCCCGGAUCGGACGUUAAACUGAUAUCCGUUUCAUAAAAGUAAGUCCAGAUGAAUAUAUGUAUUUUCCUAUUGUAACUUCCUUAAAACCUGGAUGAAUAAAAAUACAUCAGUUCAGAACUAGUUUUUCUACCAUUUUGCUAAACGUCUUUCGUCAAUGAUUAAAAAAUCUAAUGAUAUCAUGUUAGAAAAUGGUUACUUUAUCCAAUUUAAGUGGAUGAUUAUGUCUGUAUUAUAAAAUUUGUUUCAAUAAUACAAAUGUCGAUUCUGCUAAAUGAUCAUCGCUGUAUAUAGUAUCGCAUGGAUCUAUGAAUACCGUUUUGAAUGAAUGGCUAUAAAUAUUUCGCUUUAAUGGCAGUACAGCGUUGUUAUGGUUGUACACAAGUACUCGAGUGUACUUUAGGACAAGAAUUCAUGAGGUAUAACUCUCUUUGAUCUAUAUAUACUUCAUCCAUAUCAUAUAUAUUUCAAAUUUACCCCCUAAAUAAUACAUAAUUAUACAUACAAAUUUAUAUACAUAUAUCAUAUAUUGAAUUUCUUCUUUUUAACAUUUACAUCGUGGUUUCAAAUCUCGAUCGAGACUAACAUAUUUUAAAGACAUUAUUUUUAAUGAUGAGACCGAUGGCGUGUAAAGGGUGGGUAAAGCACAUGAGCGCUUUUUGGGUGCAAAAAAAGACGAAAUGAAGGUUGAACAAAAUAGGUUUUAUCUUAUGAACGACGGAAUUGGCCACAUGCGUCAAAAGUUAAAAGGGUUUAAUUUUAGUAGUUUCCUACAGAUAUGCCACCGAAUGGGACAUACCACCCUUUAAUGGAAAAUCAAUUUCAUAACAUGAAGACAAUAUAUUCAGUAUUGUUGGUCUAAUAUCCUGAACGUGGUUGAAUACACCUUUAUUGUCUUUGUAAUCGAGAAUAAUAAUUAUGAAAGUUUUUGUAUAGAAACUACAUCUGAUUUCUACCUGAA